UUCCUCAAUGAUUUUGUCUCUCCUUUAACAUCGAAAUUCUCAAUAGAUUUGGGGUUUAUCUCAAAUUGCAGAUAUCCCCAAAUGGGUCUCUUUUAAAAUCCCCAAUUUCGGUGCCAUUGUCUGGGAAUUAGCAACAAACCUCAAAACCAUGACCUAGGGUUUUGUAUUCCAGUUCCCAGUUGUGGAUCAUCUUGCACACAUUGAUAUCUUAUUUUCUUCAAUUCCUCCUUUUAUUUAAUAAUUGUUGUAUAAAUAGCCAUAUUUUCUUCGUUUUACGUAUCAAAUUCUCAAACAUUCAGGUAGGCUGAAUAUUACAGCUUUAACUUGAUUGAAGACUUGAGGUUUGAGCUGGAAAUAUAGUGGAAACUUGGGUUGAAAGAUCGUGGGGUGGUAAUUUGGCAAAUGGCAUCAUCCGGAUUCUUUAUUAUAUGCACUUUACAUUCAGUAAUUGCUAUAACUUGCGGUGCAUUGAUAAUGUUCUAUCUCAAUGAAAUAUCUGCUUUUGGGCACGGUAUUGAGACAGCUAAAAAGAUGCUGGGAUCAACUCCACAUGAUCAGUUGUUAAUACAGAUAUCCAAUUCAUUUGCCGGGUUGCUUUUGUUUGUGAUUGGAUUUUUAUUGUUAAUGGUGGCUUUUGUCAAGGACAGGGACUUUCAGAGCUUUUUCGCUAAGGGGCUUAUUCUCAUUCAUGUCUUGGUAGCACUCUGGAGAGUUUAUUUUGAGAGAAAGCUUGAGGAUUUAGCUCAUGAUUGGCCAAGGCAGCUGGUUGGUGACUUUGCUCUGGCACUCUCGUGGGUGUUCUUUCUUGUAUACUCAUGGAGAGAAAAGUAUGAUUAGACGAGUUGAGAUGAACAAUUAUGUUCCUGAUUGGCCGAAUCACAAGAUUUGCUUGGUAGCAGGUCAACCAUUCUGAAAAGAUAUCUAUUGCGUUGCAGAGUAGCAUUAUGGUGCUUAAUGGAUCACAGCAUACCACCUUUCUUAAAAUGCCUGUUUUAUUUGCUAAAUAAAAUGGUGGUUGAAUUUUGAAGGGGAGUUUGUUGUCAGCAUGAACCUUUGGUUAGCCUGUAAUUUAUCUCUGAUGGAACCGAUGUUGCUAGUUUGAUUUUCUUUACUGUGUCUGAUUUUUCAGAAAUGUACUUAACCAUAGCAUUUGGAAUAAAUAGAAUAGAAAUUGAUAUAUGAAGCUUUUAUGUUA